AUGGUCACGUCGUUUUGGGUCUCCUUCGCAGCCUGGAUUCUGAAUAUCUACGCGGCACUGGCGCUGUCCGACAACGCCCAGGUGUUGAAGGCGACUGCUUGGGCCACGGGCACGUUUGGGUAUGGCGGACCCUAUCUGGGUGCGACGAGCUGGGUCGGACUUGGAGGCCGGGUAGAUGAAGUGGACUGUGGGUUGUCUGAGUACACCGACGGCUGCAACAAGUGGUUCCGCGAAAAUGCGCCGAAUAUGGAAGAGGUAAGUCCUGGUCUUUAUCGACGAGUUGUAGCCUUCUCGGACACCAAAUCUUGUGCUGGCAACAUAGUCUAUCACAACUCGCGAUUAGCAGACCUCCUCGCCGAGGCCACCGGAGAUACGGUCAAUGCUGACGCUGAGAUGUGCGAAGGCUGCCAGAAGUCUGCGGCCAGCACCGUGAGCUUUGCCAUCAUGGGAAUUAUAACGCAGAUACCACAGAUGACAACGGACCUGCAGCGCUCUACCCGCUUUGGCGAUGUCAACUGCCAGGCAACCAUGGGCGCAAUCACAUCCUUCUGGGGCACCUUCAGCGGUCUGACCUCCUUGACCUCUUUUAGCUAUUCUUGCUGGCGGCGAUUUCCGCGCCUC